GUGGAGCUCUUCGGGGACGACGCCAACAUCUCCCUCCGGGCCACGCGGCCAGUCGGGGCUGGCGAGCUGCUUGUGGGCGUGGCCCUGGACUGCGCGCUGCACCCCCGCUCCGAGGCCGUGGGGGCGGCCGAGAGGUCCAAGGUUGACGCGGCGGCCGCAGCGCUGCGCUCGGCGGCGGCGUGGAGGACGCCGCUGCUGGACGCGGCCGUGGAGGGCCGGGCAGAGCUCGUGGCGCUGCUGGCUCGCGAGCUGCUGGCCGGUCGGGCCUCGCAGUGGUGGCCCUACUUGCGGACGCUCCCCGCCGCGCGCGACGCCGCGCCGCCGGCCCUCUGGGGGCCCCUCCGCGGCAGCGACGCGGCCUCGAGGAUGCUGGGCGGCACCACGGUUGGGGCCAUGCUGGCCGCCGACGCCGCGGACCUGGAGGUGCUCUGUGGCGAGGAGGCCUGGGAAAGCGGGCCGCUGCAUGAACUCCCGGACCUCCUCGGCGCCGCUGACGCCGCCGGGGCGCGCGAGGCGGUCCUGCGCGCCCUGGGCCUCUUGUCAACGAGGUCGAUCGAGGGCGUCGGGCUGGUGCCCUUCCUCGACCUGCUGAACGGCUCGCCCAGCGGCGGGCACAACGCGACGUUCGAGCGGGCGAACCUGGCGGCCAGCGAGGCGUCGGCGGAGCAGGCGCCGUGCAUCGCCGCGGUGUCGGCGAGGGCUAUCGGCGCGGGC